UAUUGAUCCAACCCAUUCAUUUUUUUCUAUACUCUUCCAUUUAAGCCAUUCAAACUUCACUUCUUUUUUAUUUUUAAUAUUAAUGGAAAAUCUCAAGAUUCUUCAAGUAAUUGCAAUGAUAUCAACCAUUAUAGCAAUUUCAGUGAAUGGGCAAAUUAGCACACCAUGCACAACCUCAAUGAUCACCAGCUUCUUCACACCAUGCAUAAAUUUUAUCACUGGAAGUAGCAACAAUGGCAACUCCCCAACUACAAGCUGCUGCAACUCAUUAAAGUCACUUAUGAGUACCAGCAUGGAUUGUGCUUGUCUGAUAGUAACAGCUAAUGUCCCUGUUCAAUUACCAAUUAACCGUACACUAGCAAUUUCUCUACCCAGAGCCUGCAAAAUGAACGGCGUGCCAUUACAAUGCAAAGCUUCUGGUUCUCCUCUUCCAGCUCCAGGUCCUGUCUUGCUAGGGCCAACUCUUCCACCUCCAUCUGCUGCUCCUCUUAGUCCAAGAGCUUCCAAAGCAGUUGCACUGGCUCCAGCUCCAGAGUCUGAAACCAUUCUUCCAUUGACACCAGCAUUCCCACCGGUGCAGGUAGAAGCUCCGACAGCAAAUACCGGGAUUCGACCAGUUCUGAACCCCUCAGCAUCAAUAUCGUCCAACAUUUCCCCACCAAUUUCUCUUAUAGUAUUAACAGCAAUCAUUGUUCUGAAAUGCAAAUGCUACCAAAUAGUAGCCUGUGUGUUUCUGAUGUAGCAUCUUUUAUUUCCGGGUUCCAGCUGAACUUGGUGAAAUCAAAUUAAUGUCAUUUUAUCGGGUGAAAGAGAAAAGAAAAAGGGGGAAUGAAAAAGAUUGGUUUCUUUGCA